AUCACAUGCGUCACCUCCACCGUAUAAAAUGAUCUCUUCGUAUAACUCUUAAAGUACUAUUAAUGAAUCUCAGCUUCAUCAGUAUGAUCGGUUUUCAUAAUAUAUAUAAGACCAGAUGGUCAGGGUUGCGGCUCAAAGUCUGGCCGGGACUGUAUGUCCGAGAUAUCACCAGAAUUCAUCGAACUUAUAGUGUAAGUACCGUAAAUAUUCCCAUUAAGAAUAGACGGUAUACAUUAUUCAAAUAUGGUGUAGGACUCGGACUUAUAGGCUCGGGAUUAUAUUAUAUAAAUGAUGAUUUCAAACAUGUAGUAUUAACCGCGGAACGGCUGGGAGUUGUAGGAGUUGCUAUGAUUCGAUGUUUUAUGGCUUAUAAGAAGACAUUAAGUGGGAAAUAUAAUACUGAAGAUGAAAGACAAAGUGCGUUAAGUAAAACUCAUAAAAAGGCUGCUGAAAUUACUUUAAAAGCUCUUGAACACAAUGGAGGAGUUUAUAUUAAAUUAGGUCAACAUAUAACUGCUUUAACAUAUUUAUUACCUAAAGAAUGGACUGAUACAAUGAUUCCAUUACAAGAUAAAUGUCCUCAAUCUUCAAUGGAAGAUAUUGAAAAAUUAUUUCAAACUGAUUUAGGAGUUUCAUUAAUUGAUAUGUUUACGGAAUUUAAUCCUAAUCCAAUAGGAGUAGCUUCAUUAGCUCAAGUUCAUAUAGCUACAUUAAGAGAAACAGGUGAAAAAGUUGCGGUAAAGAUUCAACAUCCUUCAUUACAAGAAUUUGUACCAUUAGAUGUUUAUUUAACUAAAAUUGUAUUUAAUUUGAUGUAUAAAGUAUUUCCUGAAUAUCCCUUAACUUGGUUAGGAGAAGAAAUGCAAAGUUCAAUCUUUGUUGAAUUAGAUUUUACUUGUGAAGCCGAAAAUUCUCGUAAAACUUCUCAGUAUUUUCAAACUAGACAACGUGAAACAGCUCUUAGAGUUCCAAAUGUUGUAUCAGCUCAACCAAGAAUUUUAAUUAUGGAAAGUUGUACUGGAGUUAGAUUAGAUAAUUUAAAAUAUUUAAAAGAUCAUAAUAUAUCUCCAUCAGAUGUUUCUGCUUGUUUAUCUCAUAUAUUUAAUGAUAUGAUAUUUACUCCAGGAGUUGGACUUCAUUGUGAUCCUCAUGGAGGUAAUUUAGCUAUUAGAAGUAUACCAAAAUCUAAAUAUGGUCAUAAUUUUGAAAUUAUAUUAUAUGAUCAUGGAUUAUAUCGUAAUAUUCCAAUCCAAAUGAAACGAGAUUAUUCUCAUUUUUGGUUAGCUCUACUUGAUAAUGAUAUUAAUAAAAUGCAAUAUUAUGCUGAGAAAUUUGCUGGAAUUAAAGGUGAACAAAAAUUUAAAAUCUUUGCAUCAGCAAUUACUGGUAGAGCACCAGAAGUUGCAUUAAAUUAUGAUAUUUCAGUGGCUAGAUCUGAAGAAGAAAUGGAUGCCAUACAAGUGCGACUUAAUGAAGAUGGAAUCAUUGAAGAUCUUAUGAGUAUCUUAAGUACUAUGCCUCGGAUAGUAUUAUUAAUCCUUAAGACUAAUGAUUUAACAAGAAGUCUUGAUGAAAGUUUAAAUAAUCCUUUAGGACCACAAAGAACCUUUUUAAUAAUGGCUAAUUAUUGUGCGAAAGUUGUGUAUGAUGAAGUUACUGAACAACUUAAUCGAACAUAUCUGAAAUAUUCUAUCAUGAGAUUUAUGGGUCAUGUACAAAAUUGGGUUAAUUAUCAUAAAAGAUUGAGUACUCUCUAUAUCUACGACUUUGUUAUGGUAUUACGCAAGCAUUGGCCUAAUUCCUUAUUGUAAACAAUUUAAUCUAAUCUAUUCUAUUCUUGUAUAAAGUUAAUAAAUUAAUAUA